AAGCGGGACCUGCCCUCCCGUCGCCAUUUUUCGGUCUCGUACUCGCACUUGUAGUGGCUCGGGUGAGGGGGGGGAAGAGCAGAAAUAAGGGAAAGUAUAACAUUUAGAAUCGGUAAAACGGGAUCCCUCUCAAGAAGUCAGGAAUGCGCGCGAGAGCUACAGCAUAACGUACUGGCACCUGAGAUGCACGCGCAGGUCGCGGCUGUAAAAUAAUUGUUGGUGUGUGAAGACGUGUUGCGGGCCGCCAUUUUUUUGCUGUGCUGCCUUAAAAGUCUGCUCCGACUCGAGAAAGGGGAUUCAAAAACGCAUUUCCAUGACGUGUGCCUCACCGUAAGAUAAAGAAGAUACAAACUAUCAUUUCAUUUCCGACCCGCGGCUACUGGCGGCCUCUUUGCCGAGAAACAGAUGAAAAACUGAGGCCACCUUUUCCGUUCUCAUUACUGGCACUGACUGGAGGAGAUACAUUAUUUGAAGAGAAGCCCGGUGUUUUUCUCGGAAGGCGGAACGAAAAAGGGAAGCUUCAUUGAUCAGUUGUUGCUCCGCUCUCCGUCGAUGUUUGUCUGUCAGGUCUUCGGAGCCUGCAGCGUUCGUGCAGCAAUCACUCGAAAACCUCACUGGACGACGAAUGCCCUGCCCUGCAUCUUCCAAACCCUUAUAUUUGCUGUGAUUGGACAAUUCCAACCAGCAUACACGUUUUAACUUAUUGUCUUGACUUUUUGUAAUUUUUUAUUAUUUGUACCGUUAGACUAAUAUUAACUUAUUUUGAACAGAAAUGUCAACUGCUCGGUUUGAUUCAGCUGAUCGGUCCGCCUGGUAUUUUGGACCCGUGUCACGACAAGAGGCACAGAAUAGGUUACAAGGACAGAGACAUGGCAUGUUUCUUGUUCGAGACUCUUCGACCUGCCCUGGCGACUACGUGCUGUCAGUAUCUGAAAACUCCAAAGUAUCUCACUAUAUCAUCAACUCUUUGCCCAGCAAGAGGUUUAAGAUAGGUGACCAAGAGUUUGAGCACCUCCCUGCUCUCCUGGAGUUCUACAAAAUCCACUACCUGGACACGACCACGCUGAUAGAGCCAGCCCCCAGGUAUCCAAGCACAGUGAGCGGUCCCAUCCAGCCUGUUGGUGGCCCAGAGGAGAACUUGGAGUAUGUGCGGACUCUAUAUGACUUCACUGGCAGCGAUGCAGAAGACCUUCCCUUCAAGAAGGGGGAGAUCCUUAUUAUCCUGGAGAAGCCUGAGGAGCAGUGGUGGAGUGCCAAGAAUAAAGAGGGACGUGUUGGGAUGAUCCCUGUGCCCUAUGUGGAAAAAUUGGUACGACCAUCACCUCAUCCUGGCCAGCCUUCCUAUGGAUCUCGCAACUCCAACAGCUAUGGGAUCCCUGAGCCCUCCCACGCCCUUGUCCACGCCUAUGCCCAGCCCCAGACACCAUCGCCAUUACCCCCUGGCACACCUGGAGCAGUUAUCGCCCCUCUACCGUCCCUGCAGAACGGCCCUGCCAUGGCAAAGGCCAUCCAGAAACGAGUGCCAUGUGCCUAUGAUAAAACAGCUCUUGCUUUAGAGGUUGGUGACAUCGUCAAGGUUCUACGGAUGAACAUCAGCGGUCAGUGGGAGGGCGAGGUGAAUGGACGCAGGGGUCUCUUUCCAUUCACCCAUGUCAAAAUCAUAGACCCCCAGAAUCCAGAUGAGAGUGACUGACCCAAGAGUGCGACUGCACCUUCUUGCCAGAAUCAACCUGUACCUGUAUCCGCUGGCUGCCUCCACCUUUCCCGCCAGUGUCACCACGGUUACAUGCUUGCCUGCUUGGGGCUGUACCAUGAUAGCGACCCCUCUGUUGUUGCCAACCGUUGCAAGGCUUUCUGACUGUUUACAGCUUUGGACUUUGGCUCCAAACCUGACCCUACUUCUCCCAGUUCCCUUUCCUAUGACUUGGUUCCAGACUGGGCAGGAUUUGUUGCAUUUGUGUCCUUUUCCUUUCCAGAUCACUGGGCAUCAGUGCGAGUGUGUAUGUGUGUGCGUAUGUAUAAGUGCAUGUGUGUUCACAAAAGAUAUUUACCACAAAACACACAAAAUGUCUUUUUUUAUUAUUAUUAUUUGAAUUCUCUGAAUAUUUGUUACGUUUGAAGUCUUGGGGACAUAAAGUGUUGGUGUGUGUGUGUUUGUUUUGUUGAUGUGAGUACUUUUGUACAAAGUGGGGAUCAGCAAUAUCCCUAUGGAGUUGGAAGAGCACUGAGGCGAUGAGGAGCUAAUAGUGUGUUCCAUUUAACUCGGAAGCCGGAGCUGGGAGUUACAUCACACCCGAGUUAAACACAUUUAUCAUUUACAAGUCCAAUUUUGUUUGUGGGGUUAGCUCUAGCCAGGUUAGCCAUUGUUAGCGAUACCAGUUAAUAACAGCACAUUACUCUGUUUUUGCAUACAAACAGCCUAAUGUCCACAGAAAGAAGUCGGACGGGACUGUGUGCACGACUCAUUUAGUGAGACACUAAUGAGACAGAAGUGCUGAUAACUAUGUGACUACAGCUUUCACAACUGUUGACACGCAGAGCAUCCAUGUUGGAUUUUAACCUCUAGGUAGUGUGAGGUUGUUGGAGUUCCGAGCUUGGAUAUCCGAGGUCAGGGGCUUGUUUCUGACUUUGACCUAAAAAAAAUCUGACUUCCGAGUACUAAUGGAACGUAUUAUAACCAGCCACUCCAAUUUUAUUUCUCCAAACAAUCAAGUCACUGUUGUACUUAAACCAUCUCUCACACGCAAACACACACUGGCCAUGACUUAUUCAGGUUGACAGUUUAUUUUUAUUGUUUAUGUGAUGUGUGACUGGAGUCAAGAAAAAGCAGGAGCGAUGGGUUUGUUGAGGAUCUAGGUUGUACUGUGACAGAGAUCCCAUGAGCAAAUCCAAUCUUCAAAAUUAUUUAUCUGUUAAUUAGACAUGGCCAUCCGUGAUUUCAUCUUUUUCCUAUUUGUGCCACAUGAUCAACGAUAGUGUUUUUUUUUUUUUUAUAUAUAUUUGUGGCUUGGAGAAGAUGUAUGGUAGAGGGAUAACUUUGCAUGUCCACUUGGUACCUCUUUACUCUCCUUUUACAUUAUUUUGAACUAAAGGACAUUGCUUAGAGAUUAGCAGGUUUUAAAUGCCAACAGCACCGAGGACUAGACGAUAUAUUUAAACUUUCUACAUUGUAGUGCGAAGCUUUGAACAGGUUUUCAAAAGUCAAAUAGCAACGCCCGUUGCCCUGGCCCUCGCUUCCCACAAGCAUUUGACCAUAAGGCUAGCUGAAAAUGCAUUGUCACAGUGUGGGCAUGGGGAACUGCAGGCUUUCCACUGAGGUGAGAAACUCCCAUUUCAGUGGCAUAGGUCAGGGAAGGAGGAAGUGGUUCAGCAAGUCCGUAAAAAUCCCGUCAAUGCCUUUUUCAGAGAGUAAGCUAAAUGCACAUUUUAGCGCAUGCAAUCCCCUCUCUCACCUAAUAUUUGGUCUGUGCACAAUUGUUGUCUCUCUUUAUGCAAACAGGCUCUAUCAGAUUUGUGGAAAGCAUCUUUGUUCUUACUGUGAUGCGAACCGUGCUGACAUAUAGACUUCUGCUGUAAAAUUGGGGUGUAAUGACCAUUUCACACCGUGUCUCAGCCUAUUGCUUUCCAUUUAAAUCAAUGCUCAGCCGUUCACUCAGAGUAAUAUUGUGCAGUUUUUAGUUGCAUCCCUUUUUUAUUUUUAUUUUGUCAGUUUAUAGUCGGCUAGUAAAUCAAGCUUUUCUGUUAAAAUUAAUAAUGUUAUUAAAUAAACAGUACCUACGGUGACAUUUACAAAAGGGAAAAUGCCUGCUGGUUGCCUCUGUGCAUGGCCUCUUGGCCAAGGAGAUGGUUCUACCUGGCCAAAUGCUGCUUAAUGUCAUUUAUUUCCUUAUUAAAUAAAGGUUUCUCUUAUUUUAAUCCCUCCUGGUCUGUGCAAACAAACCAGCGUUGGUUUUUCUCAUCAAACUUGAUGAAAUGACUAAUUAAGCAAUACACCCUGAUUACUUCCUUUCUUGAGGUGAACUUGCUUUUCUCGUGCUUUAGAGUUGUUUUGUAAUGGCAUUAACAGUAUUACUGUGCUCUCUUCUCAUAUUCUAGAAAAGCCUGUCUUUUACUUAAGAAUUGAAAAUUGUGCCUUUUAUUUUCUUAUACCAUUUACAUGUGUUAAUAUUCCCAUGGUUAACACCUGUGCUGGUAUUGACCCUUUAUGUACAGAACAAGUAAAUAAAAUUUACGUCUACUUCUUUA